AUGGCCGAAAAUUUUAGCGUUGUUCUUCAAGGGCGCUUUCUGGACCCUGAAAUUCCAUUCGCUUUGUACGUGUUGGAUGUAACCUUAAAUGCCCUCUCAUCUAUCACAACAAUCUUCGGAAACACGCUAAUUAUUGUAGCUCUUCGAAAGAUACGUGCAACACACGUACACAUGGUUUUCAAGGCGUUUCUUUUCAACCUGGCACUUGCAGACCUUUCAGUUGGGUUGUUAGUACAACUGCCUUAUAUUUUAGCUGUUUUAACGUCUAUGAGCGGAUACGCAGAGGUGUCUCGAAUCAUAGGCGCUCCGUUCCAUCUUGUUACAUGGUACUUUCCAGUCAUUUCAGUCGCCUUCCAAACAGCCAUUGCCAUAGAUCGCUUUCUUGCCUUACACGUAGAAAGCUACCGUAGACUUGUCACUCGGAAGAGAGUUUUGAAAGUCCUUGUUUUUAUCUGGAUAGCGAGAUUAGCCGAAACAUGUCUGAUUAUUUACGAUCAUCGCAUUUUCAACGUCAUGGCGAACAUUGGUUUAGGAUUUUGCAUGUUCGUCAUCACGGCUUGUUACUUAAAGAUUUAUUUAACGCUCAGACGUCAAGAACAAACUGUGAGAGAGAUGAUCUCUCUUCGACGCCAGAACAACUCCGACCAAAGGCCAAGUACACAAGUGAGAAAAAACAAUUUUAAUUUGGUCAAGUACAAACGCUCAAUCUAUACCAUGUUUUGUAUUUAUAUUGCAUUUAUAUUGUGUUCUGUGCCCGUAUUUUGCGUUAUGAUUGCACUCCAAAUACAGGGGCCGGAAAGACCAACAAUAAUUGUUCAUUUCUUGGGAGCAACUUUGGUUUACAUCAAUUCUUCACUCAAUCCGGUUCUUUACUGUUGGCGAAUACGCGAAAUCAGGCGAAUGGUGAAAAGGACAGUGUCGAAAACUUUCUGUGCUGGUCGGUGA